CCUUCUUUGGUAGAGAUAUCGAAAUAACUUGCUCUCGAAAUUACUUUGACGUCACAAAAUGACUCAGAAAAUAGUAAUUUUAAUACUUUUAUCAGUAGCUUGCAUUGUGCAAUCGUAUAGUGUGGAAACUCUUGAAAAUGGAAUUGACUUGCGGUUGCAUCCUGGCGAAAAUUGUUACCGGCAAUGCAAACAGGGACAAACAAAAAUUUGUUAUUUUAAGUUUGUGAUGGAGCAUUAUCAAGCAAUGGGAGUUGCUUGCGGAAAAUGUUCCGAAGGAGUUCUCGAAGAUUGCUUCCAUCCGCAUUGCAUCUCCGUGGAUGGAUUUGAGCGCGGCGUCACAAGUAUCAAUCGUCAAAUCCCUUCGCCGCCCAUUCAUGUCUGCCAUAACGAUAAAAUCGUCGUUGAUGUCGUGAAUUCCAUGGCUGGCAGCUCCGCGUCUCUCCAUUGGCACGGAUUACACAUGCGAAACACUCAAAUGUACGACGGAGUUCCUUACGUCACGCAGUGUCCCAUAAAUUACGGGCAAACGUUCCGUUAUCAGUUUAAAGCAUCCGAAUCUGGAACGCAAUUUUAUCACUCGCAUGCAGGUCAUCAUAAAAUCAACGGACAAUUUGGCUCGAUGGUGAUCCGGAGAGGCGAUAAGGAGCCACAUCGUCAAUUGUACGACUUUGAUAUCAAAGAACACACGAUGAUUGUCUCAGAUUGGGUUCACGAUUAUGCGGAAAUGUUUGUGCCGGGACUUCCGUCACGUGCUCCCGGAAUGAAUCCCGAAAACAUUUUGAUCAACGGAAAAGGAAUUUACCCCGAAUUCAACACAAAAUCCCCAAUUGAGGUCUUCAAAGUCGCGAAAAACAAAAAAUAUCGCUUCCGUUUCAUCAAUUCCGCGAGUUUUAGUUGCCCGGUGCAAGUUCAAAUGGAGUCACAUUCACUUGACAUCAUCGCCAGUGACUCUUAUGACACUCAGCCCGUCACAGUUGACACUUUGAUAGCAACUGGAGGCGAGAGAUAUGAUUUUAUAAUCAACGCGAAUCAAGAUUUCGGCUCGUAUUGCUUAAAGUUGCAGUUGGUAGGGGCUUGUAAGGCUUCCAAAAUUGAACAAUUCGCGAUUUUGCAGUAUUCGAAGGAUGAAAAUCACACGGUGACUUUGGAAGAUUACAAAAAUGCGCGAGAUUUGGUUGAAAAAUGCCGCGAAACGACGUUUAAAGAGGAGAAUUUCAUGAAUCAUCCGAAUACGACGUGCUUCGAUGAGGAUCAUAACAGUCAUUGUGCUGCGGAUUUGGUCUCCUUGGAUGUCGAUGAGAAGCUUUUGAGGGAAAAAGUUGACGAGAGGUACUAUUUGAGCUUUAAUAAUUAUUUUGUGUCACCCGAUGAGCUGUUUGAGGAAGGGAGAUAUGAACAUUUUUUGAAUCCCGCAAGUAAUUUGCUCUUCCAAUCAGGCAUGAACAACAUUUCCUUCGCAUGGCCAACCUUCAGUCUCAUGACACAACCCAAAGAAAUCGACGAAAAUAUGUUCUGUGACGAGAAUCGACAACCAAAAAGUUGCGAAGAUCGAACUUUGUGUCAUUGCAUCCAUCGGAAGAAGAUUCCUCUCAACUCUGUGGUUGAAUUUGUGUUAAUUGACGAGAAUCGGGUCAUCAGCACGAUGUCACAUCCCUUCCAUAUGCACGGAUACGGACUCACAUUAACGCAAAUGGGACAAUUUAGGGAAAAAUUGACCGUUGAAUUGUUCAAAGAGCUUGAAGCGAGUGGCGAAAUUGCCACAAAAGUCGGAAAAACUGCAGCAAUUAAAGACACAAUUGCGAUUCCAAGUGCUGGAUAUGCUGUUUUCCGCAUCCGCGCCGAUAAUCCCGGGUUUUGGUUGAUUCAUUGUCACAUUGAUCAUCACUUUGCCACGGGAAUGGCGAUGUUACUGCAAGUUGGCAAGACGAAACAUUUCCCAAAAGUCCCGAAAAACUUCCCCGAAUGCAAUAAUUUUUUGCCAAACGUCAAAAAUUUAGAUUAAAAACGAAUUUUUUAUAGAAAAAUAAAUUUUAUUUAUUAAAUUAAAGCUUUAAACUACGUCCUCAGUUUAGGAACGACUUCCUUAAACAAAAAAUUAACAAUUUCCGGUUGAACGACGAGUCGAUCCUCGAUUCCGGUACAACUCAAGUACACAGGUUUCCCAAUUUUCUUCGUAAUUUUGAAGGCAAUGUCUUCAGCGGUGCUAUCGCCCGUUUCCAAAAUUGUCGUUUUCACAACUUCGUUCGUGGGCAUCUUCAUUGCCAUGGCAAAUCCAUCGAAAACUUCACCCUCAGCUGGUCCAAUGUAGAUAAAAUACGACUCUGCCAUCUCCAACACGCGAAAAUUGAAUUUGUGAUCGUGAAUUUCCGUCGUAAAUAGUUGGGAAGUCAGCAUUUUUGAAGGUAAUUUAAAGGAAAAAAUUAAAAUUUUAAAGAGUCAUUC